AUGCAGCCACUGGCUCGAUUCGUCCCAAGGCUCUUCUUCGACUCAAUUGCCUCUUCAACAACCAGACAAUCGCUGCGAAUUCCCAGUCGGUCCUCGCUGCGCCCAACCACCUGUUUACAAUGUAGAAUCCGAACACACGUACGGCACUUUGCCGAUUCUCCCAAACCACCACCGAACUCUUCGCAAUCGAAUCCGAUAUCCAACACACCAUCAGCUUCCUCUCUGGAUACAGCGGAUACAGCUUCGGCUCCAGAAAAUGCUUCUAAAAGCCCUAUUCCAGAAGAUGAGCCCACCGACCUCCCCUCCGCAGAAGAAAGUCGUAGAUUGGCAGUCACGAAACGCUUCUCCCACCUAAUGGACCACCUGCAAGGCAAUAUUUUCAUCGCCUCACAACGUAUCAACGAUCUGACCGGCUACUCGGGUAUCGAAGCCCUCAAGUCGCGGAUCACACUCCUCGAGAAGCGUGUCUCCGAUGCACAAGAAGCAGUUCGUUCAUCACGGCUCACCUACAAAACCACUGUUGCGGACCGGGCGGCCACACAGAGGGAAGUAACGGGUCUGUUAGCCAGAAAAGAUAGUUGGACGCCGACAGAUUUGGAAAGGUUCACGGCACUGUAUAGGAUGGAUCACACGAAUGAGCAGGCGGUGCAGGAGUCUGCUACCAAGCUGGCGGAUUCGGAGAGGGAGGCAGAACAUGCUGCUAGUAAGCUGAGCAGUAGUAUCCUGAGUAGGUACCAUGAGGAGCAAAUCUGGAGUGAUAAAAUCCGGCGCAUGAGUACGUGGGGAACAUGGGGACUGAUGGGGGUUAACGUGUUACUGUUUUUGGUCUUCCAGUUUGGCUUUGAGCCAUGGAGGAGGAGGAGGCUGGUGCACGGCUUUGAGGAGAAAGUUAGAGAGGCACUAGAGAAGGAGAAAUUCGCUGCGCAGGCGAGAAGUCAUGAUUCUGCAAACGUAGCAGAUGUGCCUUUGGACAGCGUGGUAGCUGCCGGCAUCCAAGAGCUGGAAGAAGAGGCAGAGAGUGGUACAGAAAGUUCAGAGCCAGCAGUCAAUGCGGUAGUAGCUUGCAUAGAAGGCGAGCAGGAGCCAGAGGCGAAAGCUGCAGUGGAUCCAGAAGAUAUUCACGUACCAACCGAGCUCAUGAAGCUCAGAGCACGAUCUUCAAGCUGGGCCUACCAAGCCCAAGCCACAUUCCAAGACUUGUUUAGUAACAGGUUGGUAGAGAUGCGAAAGCAGGAUAUUACGCUGAUUGCAUUAGAAGGUGCUGCUACAGGAGCAGCGAUCGUUACUAUCAUUGCCACUCUCUUAAUUCGGCCAUCUUAG